AAUUCAAGAUGUUUCUCAGAAGUUUAUUUCAAUGGAUCCCGUUUGAAACAUUUUGCUAACUGGGAGUCCUUAAUAAUUCAAAUUAAAGCAUCUAACCUUCCAUUAUUGAGUCAAGUUGAUUACCUGCCCUCAUUACUUUUUGCAAAUAUGACUGGAACUGAAUUAGAUAUGAGUACAUCUUCUGUCCACGAUAAAAGCGACAGCUAUUUAAACAGACAUUUCAAAUGGGACAGUAUAAAACAAUUCGUUUUCCUUGCUUAUUCGGUUGCAUCCUCAACUUAUAAUUUUGAUAUAUUCUCGAAAGUAUUGUAUGAUCGCGUUAAAAUUGUUGAUUUUAUUUUUCUGGAAAUAACAAUGGGCAUAACAUAUAUGUUUAUGGAUGUAUUUAUCAAGCAGUAUACAAAAAGAAUCGACUGCUAUCAAUAUUUGAAUCCAUUACUGAGAGGUAUUCAUAUGGGCUGUGUACUACAAUCAUUACUAUGGAAUAUUAUUUUAGCAGGUGACUUAGCCGAUUCAAUACGUUAUUUCUUCGCUGGUCUUCAUUUGAUGCCGACUUGGUCAAAGUGCAACAGAAUACAUCGGCAUUGUGUGCCCACAAUUAAUGUUAUUCUCAGUUGUAGAAUGAAUGACCUAACAAAUUUAAACGACACUUCCGCUAGUGUCAAUUAUUAUGAUUCCUAUUUUAUAUCCGAGAAAAAUGAAUUGACCGCAAGACUUUUUGUUAUAACAAUUGUUUGGAUUAUCAACUUUUUUUUAGCCACUAUGACAGAUACAACACUUAUUAAGCUUGUCAGAAUAUCAACGCUUUGGAGGACAUUCUCAACAAUUUUCGUUCUAUUAUUCACGUUAUUUUAUACGGAAUACUUUUUUUCGACUGCCAUUAGUCAAAUGUUUGAUGCCUCAGCGCCUCGAGUAUAUGCCUCAGCAAUCGAUCGCAUAACAUUCGCCUUUGGUAUUGGACUGGUCGGUGUUUACGAUUUUGGUUCAAUGUCCCCUAAUACUAUGAUAGAUAACGCAGUGGUGAUAUUUGGUAUAAUUUUCACGACGUUCGCUUUAGCCAGAUCUAUUAUAGUACGAGUAUUGUACCUGGCAUUGACAGUAUGCGUUAAAGAUAAUACGGAUAUAACGUCACACUAUCUCCUGUUUGUUGUACUGCCCCUGAGUUCGGAGUUUUUGCACGCGCAGAAAGUUUUCACAAUUUACAUAUUCCUCAGUAUGAUGUGUUCAUUAAGCGCAUAUCUGGCAAUUUUGACGUUGACGAUAUCGAAGCUUUUGCAUAACGAAUUUCGCUCAGUGAAAGUCGUAUACAUGGUGGGAAUAUUGUGCUUUUGUUGCUGUAACCUGUCGUAUCCAGUUGCUAUGCUACCCAAACAUAAAUUAAUAGGAUUAAUACAAGGUAUAAACUUGACUGUAUUGUACCUGGGGGGUUUUAAAGUUGCUGUUGUUAUGUGGUUGUAUGGAAUAGAGAAAUUUUCAACUGAUAUACAAUUUUUACUCGGAUUUAAGCCAACACAAUUCUGGACUACAUGCUGGGCCAUGCAUCCUAUACUGACUUUUUUUUUUAUAGUACACAAACUCUACGUUUUAAUAAAUCUUACGGAAAAAGUGCAAAUGAUAUUGGCCAGUACAUGGAUAUUAUUUUCUUUUUGUUUUGUGACAAUAAUUCAAAUUAAAACUAUAGCAAAAUUCAUUGUUCGUAAUAAUCUGGGUGGAGUUUUGAAACCUAGACCGAAGUACGGGCCUCUAGAACCUGAGGAUAGGGCCCGAAGGCGAAAAUUUGAUGUAUCUACAUUACACCAAUUUUGUGGUCACCGCUGUUUGGUCAAUGAAGAGUGCUAUGAAUGUAAUCACAUGCCAUUGAUGUUCAAAAAGAUAAGAUUGGAGUCCGUAUCGGAAACAUCUCUCACGAAUAUUUUUGAAUCUGGGAUCACGCCGAGGAAAUCAUCUAUAAUAAUGGAUAGCUCUCAAAUGCACCUCAACUAAAACAAUGAAUGACAAAUUACAAAACAAUUCUCCAUUAAAAAUGAAAAAAAGAAUAAUGAUUCGUAACUGGAACACGAAAGAGCAAUUUUAUUUCCAGCAAAACGAUAAGAGGCGCUUGAAAAAUUGAGUUUUGCGUAGGAGUAAAAAAACGUUUUUUUUUUGUUAUUUUACGAUAUAUUAAGAUAAUAGACAUUUACAAGGAAAAAUACUAUACGUUAAUUUGCCCUUGAACCUCACAUACUGUUUGUUGAAUACACGUUCAUAUCAGAUAUAUGAUUUCAAUGUUAAAUAUUUGAAGUUGCGAAACAAUGUAACAAAUGAGUAUUAAAAUUGCGAAGCAAAUUAUUGUUUUAAAAUAGUUGCAGCGCUCGCUGUCUACAGAAACAAUUACGGCGGUAACUGAAUUUAAAAGCCAGACAGUUUUCAAAUAUAAAGCUUAAGGGCAGAAAUACACAUGCUAGUAGUUGGAUCACUGGCAUGCAAGUUGGCACAUGUGUUAAUGAUUUUAAAUUUGUGACUACUACCGGUCUGUAUGGCAGAACGGAUCGAAGAAGGUAUGGAGCUUAGCAUUGACAAGUUUUGGCGCAUACGAUCUCAAAUGCUACUAGCAUAUACACACUGCGCCAGUAGCUCUCGCCGAAAAAAAUGUGCAGUAGCUGGUUUGCUGGCUACCUAUUUUAUCGGUCUGUGUAUUCCCACCUUAACUGCAGCGUGAUUCGCCCGUGAUUUAUUUAAUAACUUUUAACUUUUGUUUUAAAAUCAAAUUUGAUGUAAUAAAUACACAGUUAACUAACUUCUCGUA